UUUAAAGCCAUUGCUUGGUCACCUGUCGCAACGACUCACAAAUCUCCUGUGUUCUUCCCUCAGCUACGGUGGGGUCUUCCAACAUGUUCAGACGCGCUGUUCUUUUCUUGCUUCUCCUCUUCACUGCUUCCGUCUUCGCCGUCCGGAGGCAGGAGUUAGGCUGCAUUCCUCAGCUUCGGGACCCUGUGCACGGAGACACGAACGGACAGCGACUCGCGAGGGGCUUACCUCUUUUACCCCCAGCUCGAAGGAAGAAUAUUGAAGCCUCACGAACUGAGGCUGCCAGAAGGGCACAGGCAAGCGACACAAAUGUUUGGACGGGAAAGCUCCAAGUAGCCGACGCGAAUGGAACGACCGUUGGAUACCUCGCGCUUGCUGAUGGUGGCCAUCAGUACACCGUACGUGAGGAGUCGGAUGCCGCUAUUUUCACAGCCUCGCUAUCUCCGGAGAGUCGUAGUAUUCUGACCUUCAGAGAUAAUGAUCCUCAAACUCCCUGGCCCUAUUUGGCGGGUCUCAUCCAACCGGAUGUUAUACUCCGUUUGGUGAAGACAACCUCUGCUAUUUUGGGGGGUUCAGCAGCGAAAUCUUUACCCAAUAACAAACCUCAACUUGCCAGUGAGCACCAAGUGUCUAUAUAUGGAAUGCAAUACGAGACUGCGAUUUGGAACUGCGGCCCCAAAAACCUCACGAUCCUGUGGAUGGACCGUGACAGUGGGGACAUACCGAUAUCCGUCGUGUGGGAUAGAAUGAUACAGAAAAUCUUUCUCACUGCAGAUUCGUCGGGCGUCGUCGCUAAUAAUCCUGACCCACAUAUUGUGACAAUCUCUCUAUCUUCCAACUAGAUAGAUAGCUUUGCUCCAGAGUUAAU